ACAGAAGAAUCCAAGUGACUCCGCGAACGAUGUGUUUUGCCUUCUGAGCAAGCAAACAGGAAGGGGCCAAAACUGAUACGAACGUCGUCUUGCUUGCUUUUUGUUUUUCUUCUUUUUCAAAAAAGGACGCCUGGGUUGUUUGUGCAGACAACUGUCGUAAUAUUUUGAGGAUGCACUCUGGAGAUGCGCGUUGAGCUCGACUUAUGGGCUUUUUGUCCUUUCUGAAAGCGCAUUACGUAUCCUGGUGAUGUCCUCCAAUCUCACACAUCCAGAAGGCCAUUAUCUCCCCGCAAACAAGCCCGUGAACACCCCGCGCAGAAGAGUCAGGGGACGUCACCUUAUCGGAAUAUGACAGCGGCAUCCGUAUUCGAGCAAUGGGCCGAUGAAGUCUUGGCUAUCUGCCCUGGCCACCCGAGGGCAAGUGUGGUGCAAGUGCUGCAAACGACUAAUAGCAAAGACGAGACGAUACUUCGCAUGUUGGAGGGAAACUUCCUAGAAGGCGGCGACGUAUGUGACAAUCUGAUUAUACUACCCACGCCACAACGCCCCUCGAAACGCGCCGCCCGGACGCCCGCCUCCUUCUCCCGGUCGAUCAGUUUCCCAACUGGAGGAGCCGCCACGCCGACUUUCCUCCGCGCGGCUAGCUUUGCUGGACGAGAAUGGGCUGCGGGAAGCGGUAGAAGAGAUUCAUAUCAAAUGGGAGAAGAGGAGCAGCUUUCGGAGGACGACGAAGAGGAUAUCCCACCGCUGCCGCAGACCGAUUGGACUUGGACUCGUGAUCUGCCGAUGUUGGAUAGCAUUCGCAAAGCGAGGCGUUCUCGUGAUGUGAUUGGCAGCAAACAAGAUGUCCGGAACGAGGCGGACGACAGCGAUGUGAUGGACUUGAGCCAGGACACUGUGGCCUUGGACACUCAUGACACCGAGGAAAUCAUUGAUCUCAGCCAGGAUGACAUCGACAUGGGCGCAGAUUUACACUAUACCUGCGACGUUUACAACACCAUUGAUAACGUGAUCGAUCUGUCCAUGAGCCCGCUGAAGAAGGAUCUGCAGGAAGACCUGUUUUGGCUGGACAGUGUGUGCGAAGGUGCCCAGCGUCGUUGGGUGGAUGGUGGAACCAAGGUGCCGAAACGGAGAUCUAGAGGGGGGACAGAGCGGGCUGCUGGUGGCUUCCUCAGGGACUCGGAUGUUGAGAUAUCGCCGGCGGUUGGACUCCGAUCCGAGGCUCGCAUGCCACCGGCGACCAGUGCCACGCCAACAGCCGCGUCCCCGUUUGUGGAGGAAUCCCCAAUUUCGGUUGUGGGACGCCUCGAUCGGUAUGCCAUGCCAUCUGCACACGUUAUCAACAAGCGGAAAUCCGCGGAAGUGCCAGUGGAUUUGCCUACGGCCAAUGACAAGCCACCCCAAGUACGGAAGAAGGCCAAAACUGUUUCUCCAGCGGAUAGCUCCGUUACCCCACCGCCACCACCACCCGGUCGUGUAGCCCCUCCGUAUAAACCCAGCACAAGCAGAUAUGUUGAGCCACCAGUCCAACGCACUCCUGCGUUGCGGAAGACGAUGUCAAUGCCUGUGGAGCUCGAAUCGCCCAGUUUUAUCGAUCUGGUCGACAUGCCAGAUGUGUUCAGGCCAUCACAGCAGAUGAGCUCCUCCCCACCUCCGAGGAUGCCGCCUGCGUUGAGAAAGCAAGGGUCUUCUGUGGCAACGGCCAGCUCUGCAUCGCAUGUUGAAGUCCCAACCGUCAGUCGAAUGAUAGAAGACGUUACGUCUUCAUCUGCUCGGGAGAGAGUCCCCUUGCGGAAGCACGUCUCAUCCUUAGCGGUUCUCAAUGCUGCCGCUGCAGCCACCAGUGCAAUGGCGGAGCCUCGGCCCUUACCGAAGCGAAAGGCACCGACAAAAAAAGCUAGGGAGGUUGAUUCGGCGGUUGGCGCGGGACUCGAUUUAACAUGCAAAGAAAAGGCGAAGCAGGAUAAGGAGGAGAAAGCCCGUGCCAAGGAAGCUGCAAAGCUGCAGAAACAACGGGAGAAAGAGGAGAAGGCUAGAGCCAAGCAGCAGGAAACAAUGAAUAAGAAGUUGCAUAGCUCUGUCAACAAGAUCCGCACCAAGACGGAUUGCGUCAAGGAGAUGAUUGUGGAGGUGUCGCCUGACUUUGCCUCUGCAGCAGAAGUGGAGACCUUGGUCGCUGCGUUAAGACUGGCAGGAACCGACGCGCUCGUCCAUCACUGUAGGCCUGCCGGGGCUGCGAAUUCUAUGAGCGAUGUGGCGGGAUCAGUUGAUUUCGCAAAAUCCAUUCUGAGCUGGAAACGUAAGAUUGCACGGAAAUGGGACGACGAGCAAGAUAUCUGGGUCGCUUGUCCCGAACACGUCGAGGAAGAACGAUUCAUGAUGGUCCGGCUGAAAGCAGCGUCGUUGGCUCAGAUUGUCGCGCCGUCCGCAAAUCCCGCGCGAUCCACAGAGUCCCCGCUUAUCACCUACCACCGAGCAUUGCUGCAAGCAUAUCCCAACAAAGAGGUGAUUUACUUUGUUGAAGGAAUGGAGCAAUAUGCGAAAAAGCAGACGCGAAAAGCAGCUUCUGUCCCUGACCGGGAAAACUCUGACGGCGAGGACCCGAAUGUGAGAGCGAAUGGAAGGAAAAAGCGUGCGAGCGCAAAGUCGCUUCCGUCAGGCGGUGACGUGGAAGAUCACUUGGUCGCAUUGCAAUUGUACGAAUCUACGGUUCGGGUACAUUGUGGAAAAAACUUCACUGAAGCUAUGGAAUGGAUUGGGAGUUUCACGGAGCAGAUCUCCAUGAUUACGGAACUCGAACACCGAAGCGAAGAAGCCUGGCAGCUCGGCUUCGGUGACAAGAUCAAAUCUGGCGAUACAGCAGCAGAAACAUGGCUGCGGAUCCUGGAACAGAUACAGAUGUGCACUCUGCCCCGAGCGAAAGCUAUCGUGAAUGUGUAUCCAACUUUGCAGAGUCUUGUCUCAGCAUAUGAGGCUUUGGGACAAGAUACGAAAACGGCAGGGAACUUGCUGGCGAAACUACAGUAUAACUCGGGCACAGACGCAAACUCCAACAUGAGGAAUAUUGGGCCCGUGCUUUCGAAGCGUGUUUACACGUCGCUGAUGGACGAAGAUCCUGAAACCUUGCUAAUGGAUUAAAGAUCGUAUUGAAAUAGUUGUAUCAUAGUGUCAGAUGAAGCUCAUAGAAUUUUUGGAAUCCAGCUAAUACAAACAUUACCGAGGGAAAUUAACACUAUUUACACUUUGACCCAAGAAGGGAUGAGGAGGCUAAAUACCUUGGGUAGCUUACGGAAAAAAGGGAACAUACAAAACCG